AUGAACAACCAAUGCAGCAAAGAGCAAGCGAAAGAAGAAAUAGCACAGCUACUGCAAAGUAUCAAGCAGACAAAGACAACCGUCGUCUUUACGGACGGAUCGUCUCUAGGGAACCCAGGUCCGACAGGAUGCUCGGCAGUGAUCUACGAACAUUGGGGCAGAACAGAACCAUACACUGUCAAGAAGCCCGUUGCAGCAAAGUCAAACAACUAUGAGGGGGAAUUGCAGGGACUUCACCUGGCACUCAGCACACUGAGCAAGAGGGAAAGAAGUGAAGAGAGAGUGCUCAUCUUAUGUGACUGCAAGGCGGCAAUAGAAAAUGUCAUCACCACUCACCAAGUAGAUGCCUAUAACGAUCUAGUUAACAACAUAAGACAGAAACUGCACGAAAUGAAGCAGAAGAGAGUCAACAUUCAAAUUGAAUGGUGCCCAGGGCACAUGGGAGUAGCAGGCAAUGAGCUAGCCGACGAACAAGCCAAACUUGCAGCUGAAGAGGCCAGAAACAGCAACAUGAAUACAGUGUGGACAAGACAACAAGCCCUCAAACACAUAGAAAAACAAGCAGAAGAAAGAUGGAAAAGAAGAAGCGAGCUACAUACUACCAGCAAACACAUGCAGAAGAUAAAUGUACAAAUGAAGAAAAAAUGCAAAGUACUGGGACUGAGGUCAACCCAAAUUGCAAUAAACCAGCUGGUGAGUGGGCACACCUCACUCAACGCCUACAGAAACUGGAUAGACGACACAGAGUCACCCAACUGUGAAGCCUGUGGGGAGAGAGAAAGCACAGAGCACUUCCUGUACUACUGCCCAAGGUAUGAGACCAGCAGACACAGAAUGUACAACGAGGUGGACAACAUAUACCAAGAACUCAGUACACGGGAGAAAGAGAGAAGGCUGGACAUAGUGACGCUAGCAGGGAUGAGAGAAGAUCUGGGAGAAGAAACAAACAAAAUGAUGUACAAGGCAUUCUCAAAGUAUAUAGAAGACACAGGGAGAUUUGCCGGGGAGGACUAA